AUGAGGCAUUUCACCGUGUUGGCUGUGGUGGGGCUCGGCUUGCUGGCCCAAUGUCACGCUCACACGCACGACGACGGCACCACGCACUCCCACGACGGUGACUCCCACGAUGAUCACGACGACCACAGCGACGCCGUGGCGGGGGCUGAAUUUGGAGGUAUCGGUGAGGCCAUGGGUGCAUCGCUUGUCACGAUGCUGCCGACAUUGCUGGGCAUCUUCGUGUUGAUGGGCGCGUGCAUCAAGAGGGCGGAGACUUUCAAAGAGGUCUUCGAGGUGCCGGUGAAGAGCUUCGCUUCUGGCGUUGUGUUGGGGACGAGUUCCUUUAUCCUUUUGCCGGAGGCCUUGCACUAUCUCGCUGUGGGGGUGACGGAGAAGGAGGCCACGACCAUGUGGGGCAUCGCUGUGAUCUCCGGCUGGCUGUUCGGCGCCGUGAUCGACCACAUCACCUCCCUGGCUUUUCCACCAAAAGUGGAGGAGAACCACGUAUCGCCGGUGAAGGAGGUCGAAAUGACAGCUGCAUCGGAGGAAGAUGACAAGGCCGCAAAGCGGAACCGCCUGUCGAUUGCAGGGCCGAUCCUUCUUGGCGAUGGUUUGCACAACGUGACGGAUGGUUUCAUGCUAGGACUCGCUUUCAGGACCUGCGACCGGAGUGUGGCCUGGGGGCUUGUGGUCCCGCUGAUCCUGCACGAGUUGCCACAGGAAAUCGCAGACUUCAUCGUACUGGUCACGGAAGCCAAGUUUCAUUGGGUUGUUGCCGUGAUCCUGAAUGUACUGUCGGGGGCGACGGCCUUGGUCGGAGCCCUGGUCGGCUUCGGAGUUGACAUGAGCAGUGCGACAAAAGGGUGGUUCAUGGCUGCGGGCGGUGGCACCUUCCUGUACAUCGCAAUCACUGAGCUGGGACCUGCGGUUGCCCACAUCCACGAACAUGGUUCCGCCAGCACAAAGAGGAUAAGCCCAAUCGAGUCCAUAAAGCGACUGGUGCCCUUCAUUAUCGGGGUGGCCAUCAUGACUUGGGUUUACCAGGGUCACGAGCAUGCCACGUGUUCAGCCAAUGGGCAGUUGGACGAGCAUGGCCACUCUCACUGA